GGUGCACACACACGCACACACACACAUACGGACAGCACGGCGGUGGAAAAAAGGCGAUUUGUGUAUUUUUGCUGCCGCGAUUUUUGGGUCCCAAAUUAGUAGCUACGACGAAGUCCCCUGCCAGGAUAUCGUCGUCAUCGGAUUGCGGAAGUUGGGGAUUAGGCGGCACGUGCUAGAUCGAGUGACCCUUUUUGCCGUCGUGGAACUCUCGCCCAGCUCCGCACGAUCCGUCGCGAGGCAACAGCCACCGCGCCGGCAGCAGCAGCAGCAGCAGCAGCAGAUGGCCCAUCCUCCAUUCAUGGAUCUACCGAGGAACCUGCACGACUGCUACUUCUUCUACUACUCGACAUGUAAGAAGGGCACCAGCUGCGAGUACCGCCACGAGCCAGCGGCCCUCGGGCACGAGAAGACGUGCAAGAUGUGGGCGGAAGGCAAGUGCUACAACCGCACGUGCACGAUGCGCCACAUGAAGAUCCAGAGUCCGCGCUCGGCCACGCCGUGCUUCUGGGAGGAUCAGCCGGGUGGCUGCCGCAAGCCGCACUGCGUGUUCCAGCAUAAGAACGCGCGGCCGAACCAACCGACAACGAGCAACGUGGGUGUGCCGGUACAGCCGGCACCCGCCCCCAAUGCCGCCCCGACUGCCCAUUUGAUGCACUCGAGUUCGCCUGCCGUUCUCCUGGACUACAACUACACCAUUUUGCCGAGAAUCAUCUAAGUAGCCCACGAUCGUCGUCAUCGUUCGUCGUAGUGUUGGAGAUCGAAUUGCGGCAAUGAUGGCGUCCGACACUCACGCCCAGGAUGCUGCCAGGAUCUGCUAUCGGAUGAUUGAGUGACGAUUGAUCGACCGAAAGCCGGAGGAUUCCCACGGCGCCAUAUUUGGUCGUUGACAUUGCCGCUAGUGUGUGUGUGUGGGAGAUUUGUGUGACCGCCCCCCGGCCCCCGACCCCGGCAGCAGCCUGAUCUUGUGUACCACAGCAGCUUUGCUUUUCACCGUUUUCCGCUCCUUUCACACGGCAGAACGUAUUUAUUAUUUAUUGUUUUCCCACUGUUUAUCGUUAUCAUUAGGUGGCACGCGAUCAAGUGAAUUGAAAAAAGUAGAAACGUUUUGGACAGCAAUAAGAAAUAGCAGGCCAGAUGGCCGUAGAUCGGUCGAUCGUCGCUUUGAGUGAAUUGGCUAACUGCAAACUUAGAAGGCCACCAACCAACCAUUACGAGGCAGGAUGACGAGGUAGGAGUAGCGAGUUGGGGAGGACAGUAAGACAUGAUUAUCCCAAGGGUUAGGUUUGCUCCAAAUUUAUCACAGUUCUUUGCAACCGUAUGCAAUCUCUGCCCUCUCCCCACUUCCCCCAUACCGUGCUCUCCUAGGUGUGGUUGCAAAGCAUAAUACCAUGAGUGCAUUAAACCUUGUAGUUAUGCGGAAUAUAGUUGUAGUUAAUUUCAUCAUUUAUAUCAUUAUUAGCACUUUUUUGUUUUGUUUUUUUUUCACAAAAGAAUUUAGGCCAUGAUGCCUGGCUAUCGAAUAUCAUCCCUCAUUUGCAGAUAGCCAAACGGGGCAGCGAGAAUUUAGCGAAGGUUGGCGAAAAUGGUUCAAUGGUUAAUCGCGAAAUGGUUUAAUUUUAUCUCCCUUUCUUUCCAUCCCAUCUGCUGUAACGCACGAUAUCACAAAGGCACUUUCGAGCAUAUGGAUAUCUCUUCUAAAGCAUGCACCGUAGCAUAAUGCAAUGCGCUAGUUUAGUAGAUCUAUAUCCUUAUCCUAACGGUAGUCUGUCUCCCACAAGCGCUGUUUCUAUUUUGCUAUGGUUUUGGUUUUUGUGUCUUUUUGCUUUCUCGGCGAAGGAUUGGGAUCAUACAGUUCCUUGUGUGUUCGGAAAAGGAAGGAGGAAGGUAGCAGAGGAAAUAGUAAACCAAGAUAGAAGACGGUGAGACGAAAAGAACUUUCAUAAAUCGGAUCGCGUGAAAUCCAUAGAAAAGAAAUCGAUAAACACAAGUCAAGGAUCGGUUCGUGCAACUGCAAAAGCGAACAACCGUUAUGUGAGUGCCCCCGGAGUAUUGUGAGUACAGGCGUUGGAGUUUUGUUGGUACAAGAGUUAGCUAAAAUGAUACCCCUUGCCCCCAUUCACACGCAGAUUAAUGGAGCAAAUGAGCAUAAUAGUAAUCAAUAGUUGAAGUAAGGAGAAGGCUAGAAUUUGCACCGGUAGUAGUGGAGCGUAAAGAAUCGAGCGUUAGAAAUAAAUUAAAGGUAAAGGUAAAAAAGAGGUGAGAGGUGAAGGAAAGCGAGAAAGCGGGAGAGGGUAACUAAACAUUUUAAAUUCAUUAAUAACAAAAUAUAACCACGGUAUAGCAAAAGAAAUUACAGAACAGACGAAUGCAUAGCUUUGCAAACACUUUUGCCACUAACGAUGCGUGGUGGUAUGGCUGGGCGCAAUCGGAAUCGCCGCUAGUUUCGUUUCUCCUCUCUACCAUCCGUUAAAUGCAAGUGCGCGUAUCGAUAAUGCGGUAACAGUAAUAGGUUGAUUCCGGAGUGUCGACACCUUUUUGUUUCUUUGCCAAACACUUGUUACAUUACCUUCGUUUGAGCUAACCCAUCUGCGGAGAAAGGAAAACAAGGAAAGAAGAAAGGGAUCCAUUAUCCCAACAGGUAUGACGCCAGGAAAACAAAAAAAAACAAUAAAAAAUCUUAUAAGAAAGCAUCUUAUCUAGCAAAAGGUUUCUUUCGAAUUGCAG